ACCUAAUCUCCGACAACAACCAACGGAACAAGAACACACAAACAUCAAACGAUCAAUGUGGAUUACGAGGUUGAAGAGAGUCAGGAGAACGAUACUGGUUCUCGCCAUUGCCAAUUUGGCCGUCAUUGUCUCCGGCUGUGUUCUGACUCUCGUUUCCAACUCAAACUGCGACAGCCCCGCUCAACUAUUCCCCCUCUAUGCCGUCUGUUUAGCCGCAUGCGUCAAACUAGCCUCCAUGGUUAAGGUCGCCACUACACAGGAACUCAUGGCUAUCACCAUUAUGGAUUCUCCUACUCAGAUCAGCCUCGAUAGAAAGAUGAAGUAUAAGACAUGGCUUUGGUGGACUCGGUUUGCAAUGGUAAUAACUCUACUGCAGUUUCUUGGUGCAACUUACCUUAUGUUCCGUGUCUCCACAUUCGUUUCCCCUGAUGGCAUGCCAAGACAUUGCGUUUUAGGGCUAUCUCCAGAGACUCGUGGGUGGAAGCAAAGGCUGCAGGCUUCCUUCUUGAUCACAGUUUGCGUCGUUGCGUUGGCUCAAUGCUUCACGGGAUCAGAUAUAUUGCAAUGGCGGUCUUUCUACGCAACUCAAGAUGAUGCAUGGAAAGCUCAUUACCAGGAGGUGUUUGACCAUGGGAUUCGUGAAGUUUUGUGCUGUCUUGGACGCCGUGAAUAUAUGGGUGUUAUCGAGGAAGAUGAAGUGUGUUCAGUUGCAAGACUUUUGGGUGAUCUUGUUUCAUAUAGAGCAUCAGGCACUGGCCAUUUGGAGUUUUUGGCAGGCCUUGCUCUGUUGCAGAACAAUAGCCAGUUUCCUGAAUCAUACGAUGAGGACUGUAUGGAAGCUCCAGCGUUUCAUCUUCAGGAGGCUGCUACGUUUCAUAAAUUUGCAGAAGCUGCAUAUACUGGGCCACUGCUUGAUGUUGGGAGAAACCCUGCCUUGUUUUUAUGCACAUGGGUCUGUAGGCAAGGGAUCUUAACACCUUGGAGCCGUAAAUGGAGGCCUAAACUUGAUGGUGAUAAUUGGUGGAGAGGUCAUGCAGCUGCCUUCCUUAAGUUUAUAGAUUUUCCUGCUCAUGUUCUUCGCCGAGGUCGAAUCUGUAGUGAGAAGUGUAAAGCAACAUACUUCGUUGUAGUCUUACAUUAUCUAAGAUGUGUUGUAAUUGCUGUUAGAGGAACUGAGACGGCUGAAGACCUCAUAACUGAUGGUUUAGGUCGUGCUUGUUCACUAACUCCUGAAGACUUGGACGGCCUAGCAAAUCGCAUUCGUGUUAUGGAUUCUUCUCGUACACACUACGGGCAUUCGGGAAUAGUAGAAGCUGCGAGAGAUCUAUUUACGCAAAUAGAAGGAGACCCUGGAGAGUCAGGAUCUAGUGGCUUCCUGUCCUCGUUGAUUGGUGAUGGAGGCGAGUGUGCUGGCUACAGCAUUCGCAUCGUUGGGCACUCCUUAGGAGGUGCUAUUGCCUCCUUAUUAGGAAUUAGACUUCGUUGCAGAUUCCCUGACCUAUAUGUAUAUGCCUACGGUCCCCUCCCAUGUGUAGAUCAAGAUGUGGCAGAGGCAUGUUCUGAAUUUGUUACAAGCAUUGUACUCGAUAAUGAAUUCUCAUCACGCCUUUCGUAUGGAUCAAUCCGCCGACUACAAGUAGCAGCAAUCAAAGUCCUGUCUCAAGACCCUAAAGCUGACACAGCACUCAUUUUCAGACUCGCACGCCGGUUCUUGUCUGCUAGCAAACGGCACAGACAAAAUGAUGUCCAAGAACAAACUACAGGAGAAGCUAUACCAUCAAUAGUAGUUGUUGACGAUUCACAAGAAGAAGCAGUAGCAGAAAUGAGGCAACAUGAUGAGGAAUUCAUUAAUCCGUUCCACGAGACGGCGGUCUCAACAGAUAGUCCUGUCUCUCAGUUUAUAGGAACAGUUCAAACAAGAGUAGAUGAUGUUGAUGAUGAAGCUCCGGAGAUGUUCUUGCCUGGUUUAGUCAUCCAUAUUGUACACGAAGGAAACAACAUGAGCGUGCCUAUAUGGCGAGGGUGGCCGAUAUGUGAUGUGCCAGAUGGUUACAAAGCUUAUGUUGCAAACAGAGAGAGCUUCAAAGAAAUUAUGGUUUCUCCAUCAAUGUUCCUUGAUCAUCUUCCCUGGAGAUGCAGACACGCAAUGCAGAAGGUUUUAGAAUCUCGCAAUCUCUACUGCGACCUGACUAGUGAUCUGACAUAGUAUGACACAAGACAUGAAAGAUGUUUCGAUUAAAUAACAGCAGAAUGUGCAUAUAUGUUUUCCUAACCAAACAUUCAAACAACAUUACUGAAUGAACAAUGUCAUUUACCUUCAUAAUGGAAUUAGUUAUUUCUAUUUUUGGCAAAGGCCACUAAAAUAAAAUGGUUAAUAUUUAGAUGGUACGUGAAGUGAUUUAACACUUGACUGGUUAGGACAGUUUGCAGUAAUAGAUUCCUUUAGUAUUGUCGGCUACUAGUCGUUAUUAUAGAAUUAUUUUAAAAUUUAGGUUUUUUAGUUACUUGUGCAGCAAGAAGCUUUGAAAUAAUUAUAGCUUUGAUUUAGAAUCAAAUCCAAGAAGCCUCACUGCAGCUUCCUUGAAGAGCAGACUUGUCUCUUAAUUUCUUAAAGUAAGGCAAAGAUGGAUAACCCUCGAACCAAUUCUGGCUGCUAUGAUACAUUCAAAGUAAUAUUCAAAAAGAAGUUUUGUUUAGACUAUUAAUAUAGAAAUUCAUAUUUGACAAGAUUCUUUUUUCUUGUCAAAACUUCUCAAAUUCGAAAACAGACAAUGUUGGUGACUAUAAAAAGAAAAAGGUAGCAACUCAAGUUGGUUAGGAUGCUCUUGAAAAAUCAUAAUCUUAUAGUGUUAUUGGGGGGAUCGUUUGAGAUAGUUAUUCGUUUUGCACUAUAUUGAAAGUUGAAAGAAGAGAAGCUGCUGGGUAGAUCCAUUGAAGCUGGGGAUUUGGACUAAAGGAGUCUCUUCUCUCCUCUUAAUAACAGAAAGUUAUUUUUGAAUUUCUUUCGACAGUCUUCCAUCGAACUAUUUUAUAUAUUUCAAGAUGGCUGGUCAAGUCUCACGUAUGUUUUCCUUCCGAAAUUAAAAUUGAGAACGAAGUUGAUGGUGUUAAUAUGGUCUAACACGAAAAAUCAGCAAAAGAUGUUUCAUGAAAUAGCUAUUCACUACAUUUUAUGGUUGUUUUACAUCAUUCCAAUGAAACUAUUAUUUGAUUGUAAGAGAAAAAAAAAUAAACAAAACUAAGAUUGUUGAUCUGUCUUAAUUAAUCAAUUUUAAUAUAAUGCAUAUGUUACUUCUCAAUAAUAUAGCAUACGUACUUCUUUUACGAGUAUAAUAAAAUAGUAGUUGAUGAAUAACGAAUCGCAGUAAUGACAAAUUAAACACUAUAAAGUGUAUACAUUCAUCAUGGUGCAAAAAGAAUAUCUUUGACUCGAGCUUUUACGCUGAGUGGAUCGUGGAUUUACUCCGUCCUUAGAUUUGCCUUUUCCCCUUGAUAUUAAAAAGUUAUAUAUCUAAUCUAUUAAAUCCAAGAGUCAAAACAUCUAGUUUGGCAAACAUAUAUAAUAUGGAAAAUCCUUUAAGGACUAGGAGUGGCCACAAGCCGAGUACUUGGUAUUUUCGGUAUACUUAGUACUCGGCUUGGCUUGUACAAGUAUUAAAAUUUUGGACUUGUAUUUGAUUUGUUAAAAACGAGUAUUUAUAAUUUUAAGUACUUGCGAAAAAUUGAUGGACUUGGUAGUUACUUGUCUUGUUUUAUUAAUUGUUACUUGUAAAUUUUUUACAAAUUAUUUGAUAAUUUUUGGUAAAUUAUUUGAUAAUUAGUUGAAAUUUAAAAGUAAAUAAAUUUAUUAUAUAUAAAUAAUAUGUCUUUGUUUUUAUUUUGUCAUUGUUUUUCCUGUUUUUUAGUCAUUCAUAAAUAGAUUAAACUAAAAAAGAAAAAUUCCAAAAUUCUUAUAUAAAUAUAUCAUUUAUGUUUGAUUCACUUAUAAACAUUGAAAUAUAAACGAGUUGUUUUACUAUAAUUUAGGAAAAUGUAUCUUUGUUCAACUAAAAAAUGAAUAAUAAACCAAAUAAUUAAUUUUAUCUUAUGAUUUUGUAUUUGUAUGUAUUUGCAAGUAGUUUAAAUAGACUACUUGAUACACAUCUUGGUCAAAACAAGUAUUCGAUUUUAAAGAUCAAGUACCAGCCAACCAAGUAGUGAACAUAGGCAAGUAACAAGUAAUUGUAGCCACUCAUAAAAUACAUAAAUUUUAAUUAAAUAAUGAAAUAUAUAUUAAGUAUUUAAUAAACCAAAUAUAUAUAACAAAUAACUAAAUAAGUAAAGGAUAACAAGUAAUA